CUAUGCGGAUGCUGGCGGUUACGAGGGUGGUGGUAGUGGUGGUGGUGAUGGCUGUGGUGGUGGCGGGGAGUUGUUGUUGUCUGCGGUGCCGGUCAGUCGCGCCACGGGGCAGCUGGGGCUGGAGGAUGUGGCGGAGCUGGUUGCCAUGCUGCGGGAGGGAGAGGCGGCGGGAGGGGGAGGAGCAGGAGGGCAGCGGGCGUGGGAGGAGGAGCUGCGGCCUUCCAGGGUUCGUGCCAUGCUGGCCUCCCGCGCGUGUCGCUCCUCCGUCAUGGUGGGUAAGCCGCUGAACCGCGGGGAGAUGCGGCGGCUGCUGGGCGGACUAGCG